AUGAAGAACGACUGCAAUGAUAAUUUGGUGAUCAAAAAUCUGGAGCGUAGCGAACAAGCAAAGAAAGUAUAUAGGUAUGUAACAGAUGUGGCUCGACGUCUUGGUGAAGCAACCUCAGCCAGUAAAGUAAUUGCGGAUUUAUUCAGCAUCCACAUAGAAGUCCAACGGCAGAAGCUUAGAGACAACUGCGAAAAACUUUUCUUUUUAGAUCCCUUGAAUUAUGGAAAGAAAUCAGUGGAAUUAGUCUGGCGAAAAGUAUACUAUGAUACAAUAUAUAGUGCUAAAAAGCUGCAUGAGACUCACCAUGAUUGUGACAAUUAUUUAGACAUGCAUAUUGUCUCUGGUAUUGGUCACUUCCAUAAUUUUAUUGCAAAAGUUCAGGCAGAAAUGAGGGUUAAUUUAAAAGAUUUGGAUUAUGCUCCUUCCUAUAAUGAUGAAGAAUAUCAAGAUGAUAUAAACAGCAAGCUUAUUGAACAUGACAGCCACAUUCUUUAUCAGUCAAUACUGUACUCAUGCUUAAUAUACCUGGGUGAUUUGAGUAGAUAUCAAGUAGAAAUUUUUAAUAAAAGUGGGGCAUCCAUUGCAGCUCGCUAUUAUCUUCAAGCAGCUCAAUUAGACCUCACUUCAGGCAUGCCAUUUAACCAACUUGCCAAUUUAUAUUUAGAAAAAAACUAUAAUUUGGAUUCUGUCAGUUCUUAUAUCCACUGCCUAAGUUGUUUGACACCUUUUGAGGGAGCUCUGGGUAAUUUAAACAAAAUCUUUGAAAAGAAUAACCAGUUCUGUUGCAUGGUAACACCAUCCGAAAGUAUGACACAGUCUGAACAUAUUCAAAUUACAGUGGCAAAUUUUUUGUCUUUAAUUGAAAAGUGGUACUUUCUUAAAGAUGAUGAAAAUAUUCCAAAGCUAUGCAGCAAUGUUGUGCAACAGCUUAAACUAUCAAUGGAUUUUACAAAAGUUCAUCUUCCUGAUAUAAAUAAAAAUUAUAAUGAGUACAUGCAAGCAAUGGAAGAAGAAUACGCAAAUCCAGCUUAUCUUAACUCAACAAUGAUACAUCAUAUUGUUAAAAUAUGUCUUUUUACUAUAGCUAAGAUGAAAGAAAGUGAUGAAGCCAAAUCAUUUGCAUGCAAAGCAUUUACGUUAGCAUUUUUAUCUCAGACUUUACAAAAAUUGCAUAACCAAUUAGAAAACUUGGGAUUUAAAAACCCAGCCAACAAUUACAUACCAAAAUAUAAAUUAAAUCAACCAGAAAAAACUGAGAAUGGAUUGGACAACAUAGAAACUCAGGAUAACCAUGAAGUAUGUCCAUUGCCAAAUGGAAGUGAAGAUACUUACUAUGAAGAUUUAAAAGAAACUGGCUCUGAUGAUGAUAAAGAAGUUUUCAUUAAUGGAGAUGGCAAAAAUAAAAAAAAUAUACCCAGGAGGAGGCGUAGGCGUAGAGCAAAUUCAUUAGACAGUUCAGAUUUAAGUGAUAAUUCUGAGAGUAGUUCAGAAGAAACUGACCAAACAUGCUCUGAUGAUGAAGAUGCAAUUUCUGAUUCAACCUAUGCAUCUGAUGAAGACAAUAGUGAUGGUUCAGAUCUAGAGAAAAAAGUUGAAGAGAAAGUGAAUGGUUCUUAUGAAAAUACAACAGAUAUGGUGGACAAUUCUGAAAGAAUUAACAAAACUGCCUCAGAAAAUGCAGUACUAAGUAAUGCUCUAGAUUCAGAAGGUAUAAGCAACUUUUUACAUGGUGACAAUAUCUUGCCAAGUCUUAAACUACUACAAGAUUGGGUGCUUACUGAAAAAGAUCUUAUUCUAUCAUGUGGAGAAAGUGGAGAAUCAUUAUUUCAAUGUGUUGUAAACUUAUUAAACAUCUUUCAACACUAUUUCUAUAAAAAUAAUGACCUAUUAAGCAAAAGCAGUAAUAUUCUUAUUCAAGCUAAAAAUAAAGCAAAAAAAUUCAGGCUGGAUUAUAAAACAAUUCCUCUUCCUGAAGAUAUAAACUUGCGUGGAACUAACAUUGGAAAAUUUGACAAAGAUGCUGCAGAGUGGCAACUCAAGGAGAAAUUAAAAUUAACAGAGUUUGACGAAAAUAUAAUAAGAAUAUUAAACUUCAUUUACUUUGGAAAUCAGAUAGCAAAGAUUGUGCCAAGGAUUAAGUUUAACAAGACAAUGAAGAUUUUUUACCUUAAAAAAGUAUACCCACCAAAAACUACACACAAAUUAAAUCAUAAAAGAAGCAGAGAAUGGCAUAGCUCUAAUAAACAAGGAGAUAAAAACGAGGGUGGACUUCUUCGCCGUUUAGGCCACCUUUGGCUUACAUCGAGAGUUCGAGAAUUAGAGUGCACAGGACAAACUGAAGUGCCAUCCCUUCUCGCCGUUGACACGACUGCUUUGUAUAAACAUCUCCGUAGAGUAAAACAGCUCGUCAGAACUCGUAACUUUAUAAUUCUAAUCCCCAGUGUCGUAUUGCAAGAAUUGGACGAGCUUAAGCGAGAUUGUUCAGCCGCUCGCGAUGCAAUACGCUGGCUCGAGAUGCAACUUAAGAGUGGUUCACGAUUUCUUAGAACACAACGCCCAGGUCAAUCUAAACCAAUGCCACUGAUCAAAUACCCACGAAAAGCGCCAUCUUUCGUACAUAAUUUUAUGCAAAUUUUAGAAUUUUGCAAUCACUUUAAUGAUGAAAAGCAACAAGGAGGAAAUGGUGAUUCAGAAAUCUCUGGAAAGUCUGCUCCAUUGCUUGUUUUACUAGUUGGUACUGAACAAGGAAAUAAUGAAGAACAAUAUAAGGAAAUCAGUUUGUUGGGAACGGCACAGGCAGCGGGCAUUUCUAUCGAGUUCAUUGGUGACUUUUAUGCGAAAUGGCGUCAGACAAGUCAUAAAAAUGGUAAAAAGAGAUGA